GGAAUGGCAGAAUUCCAUCCAAAAGAAUGCGGGUUUGGCCUUCAUCGAGCUUGUGAACGAGGGCAGACUGCUGAGCCACACCAUGAAGGACCAUCUGGUGCGUGUAGCUAAUGAGGCCGAGUUCAUUCUGAGCCGCCAGAGAGCAGAGGACAUCCACAAACACGCUGAGUUUGAGUCUCAAUGUGCUCAGUAUGCCGCUGAAAAACGUGAUGAGGAGAAGAUGUGCGAUCACCUGAUCAGGGCCGCCAAGUACCGGGAUCACGUCACGUCCACCCAGCUCAUACAGAAGAUUGUAAACAUCCUCACAGACAAGCACGGUGCUUGGGGAUGCUCUGCUUUCAGCAGACCACGGGAGUUCUGGCGCCUGGACUACUGGGAGGAUGACCUGAGGAGACGUCGACGCUUCAUCAGGAACCCGUUUGGUUCCACACACUCUGAGGCCACGCUCAAGGCUGCAGCAGAGCAUGCUCCAGAGGAGGACGUGCUGAAAGGUAAACAGUCCAUCAGGGGUUCAGUGCUGGGGAAGCAGAACUCAGAGAGUGAGCUGCUGUUGGAGGACGACGACACUCUCUCAUCCUUGGAGGAGAAAGAGUUGGAGAACCUCACAGGGCCUGUUAACCUGAGCACCAGCGCACAGCUGGUUGCACCCGCUGUAGUGGUAAAAGGCACACUGUCCAUCACGGCACUAGAGUUAUACUUUGAGGUGGAUGAUGAAGACCCAAGUUUUAAGGACAUUGAUCCCAAGAUUUUAGCCUACACAGAGGGUUUGCAUGGGAAAUGGCAGUUCACAGAGAUCAGAGCGAUUUUCUCUCGCCGCUAUUUGCUACAGAACACAGCGCUGGAAGUCUUCAUGGCCAACAGGACGGGGAUCAUGUUCAACUUCCCAGAUGCGGCUACAGUGAAAAAGGUGGUGCACUGUCUCCCCAGAGUUGGAGUCGGCACGAAUUUUGGCCUUCCUCAAACCAGACGGAUUUCUCUGGCCAGCCCGAAACAGCUCUACAAGGCCGCCAACAUGACCCAGCGUUGGCAAAGACGAGAGAUCUCCAACUUUGAGUACCUCAUGUUCCUCAACACCAUUUCAGGCCGUACAUUUAAUGAUUUGAACCAGUAUCCUGUGUUCCCCUGGGUAAUCACCAACUACGACAGUGAAGAUCUUGAUCUCACCCUGCCCAGUAACUACAGAGAUCUGUCUAAGCCCAUUGGUGCACUCAACCCAAAGAGAGCUGCAUUCUUCUCAGAACGCUUUGAAUCAUGGGAGGACGAUCAGGUGCCCAAAUUCCACUACGGCACACACUAUUCCACCUCCAGCUUUACUCAGAUGUGGCUACUCAGGACUGAGCCUUUCACAACAUUCUUCCUGAAUUUCCAAGGUGGGAAAUUUGACCAUGCAGAUCGCACGUUCUCCUCAGUGUCCAGAGCCUGGAGAAACUGCCAGAGGGACACAUCUGACGUGAAGGAAUUGAUCCCUGAGUUCUAUUACCUCCCAGAGAUGUUUGUCAACUCCAAUAAUUACAAUCUGGGAGUGAUGGAUGAUGGGACGGUGGUGUCAGAUGUGGAGCUGCCGCCUUGGGCCAAGAGUCCGGAGGAUUUCGUACGCAUCAACCGACUCGCUCUGGAGAGUGAGUUUGUGUCCUGUCAGCUGCAUCAGUGGAUUGAUCUGAUAUUCGGAUACAAGCAGCAGGGACCUGAGGCCAUCAGAGCUCUCAAUGUCUUCUACUACCUGACUUAUGAAGGAGCGGUCAACCUCAGCUCCAUAUCUGACCCCAUGCUCAGAGAGGCUGUGGAGUCUCAAAUCAGAAGUUUUGGACAGACACCCUGCCAGCUGCUAAUUGAGCCCCACAUGCCACGCAGCUCUGCCAUGCAGGUGUAUCUCCUUCUGCAGACCCCACUGAUGUUCACAGAGCAGAUGCAGCAGGAUGUCAUCAUGGUCCUCAAGUUCCCGUCCAACUCGCCUGUCACCCACGUGGCCGCCAACACACAGUCAGGCCUGACCAACCCAGCGGUCAUCACCGUCACCGCCAACCGCCUCUUCGCCGUCAACAAAUGGCACGGUCUCACUGGUCAUCAAAGCUCUUCUGUGCAGGACCAGCAGUACCAGUUACCGGUGGAGAUUGACCCUUUGAUAGCCAAUAAUGUGGGCACUCACAGGAGGCAGAUCUCAGAUCUGUUAGAUCAGAGCAUCCAGGUAAACGCUCAGUGUUUUGUCAUCACAGCUGACAACCGCUUCAUCCUGCUGUGUGGGUUCUGGGACAAGAGCUUCCGCGUCUACUCUACUGAUACAGGUAAACUAACACAGAUUGUGUUUGGGCAUCUUGAUGUGGUGACCUGUCUGGCUCGCUCAGAAUCCUACAUUGGUGGAGACUGUUACGUCCUCUCCGGCUCCAGAGACGCCACCCUACUGCUCUGGUACUGGAACGGCAAGCACAGCAGCAUUGGAGAGAACCCUGGGACAGAGUUUGUGACUCCUCGAGCGAUCCUGACUGGUCAUGAUUGUGAGGUGACGUGUGCGAGUGUGUGUGCAGAGCUGGGAUUGGUCAUCAGUGGCUGCAGAGAGGGUCCAUGUCUCGUCCACUCUAUGAACGGUGACCUGUUGAGGACUCUGGAGGGUCCAGACGGCUGUGUGCGGCCACGUUUGGUUAUGUCCUCCACCGAGGGUCACUGUGUCAUUUAUUAUGACAAGGGCCACUUCUGUGUGUUCAGCAUCAACGGGAAACUACUUGGACAUAUGGAGGUGGAAGACAACAUCAAGGCGAUGCUGCUAAGUAAAGACGGACAGUAUCUGCUGUCUGGAGGAGAUUCAGGAGUUCUCAGCUUGUGGCAGAUUCAUGAUCUCAAACAGCUCUUCACUUACCCAGGAUGUGAUGCGGGAAUACGCUCUAUGGCUAUGUCACAUGACCAAAGAUGCAUAAUCACCGGAAUGGCGUCUGGUAGCAUCGUUCUUUUCUACAAUGAUUUCAACAGAUGGCACCACGAAUACCAAACUAGAUACUGACCAGUGACGACAGAAGGGAACACAGCAACCAUGACAAUGGAACAAGCGAAGCCACCGCUCAUAAAGGCACUACCAAUAGUCAUGAAUGUAUUCAAAAUAUUUCAAGAAGCAAAACUAUUUUUUAAAGAUGGCAUUGCUAUAUUUUGUAGAUCUUAUGGAAUUUCUUACUAUAUAAGUCCUAGGGGAGGGGUUAUAUACCUAAUAUUUGGAGGGGAAAUUAUCUAUUUUUAGCAGUCAAAUUCCGUUUUCACCUUUGCUCUAGUGAAAAAGACUGAUCUGAGUGGUCAAUAGCUAAGUGACUAUAUUUAAUUCUAGUAUCUAUGAUAGAUGAUUUGUGUGUUUGUGUAACUUUGGGCAGGUGUGUUUGUUUGUUUGUUUGUUUUCAGUUGCAGUGAUUAAUUUAACAGGGUGUCUCUAAAUUCCAUGUUUUGUAGUUUAAUAGCACAGUUCCUGAAGCUGAAAGAAAGCUGCCUCAUGUUUGGGAGAAAUAAAUCACUCUUCCAAGUGGAACUAUUCAAUGAUAUUCCAAAAUAAAAUUAGAUAGCUGUCUGCAGACAUAUCAAGGCAUCCACUUUAAAUGUUCACUUUAUAAAUGGAGAAGUGGCAUUUUCUAAUGAGAGCUUUUUUUUGUAAACAUGAAUGGACUUCUUAUGUGAUCAUGUAAUGAUGUCACUUUAUAAACUGAAGGGGCGGAAUCUGCAUAUGAACGGAGAGUAAUGUAGAAAUUAUUUUAUCCUUUUGGUUGGAAAGAAGUCGUUUGGGGUGUUUGUAUCUAUCUUUUUAUCUUUUUGUUUGUCUAUUGUGAGCUCCAUAUCAAUCAAGUGUUCCAGAACUAAAUACAUUUUUCUUUUCUUUGAGAUGCAAGAGAUAACGGUAGAUUAAGGAGGGGGAAAUAUUCAUUUCUGUUUAAAGUGUCAUCAAAAGCAUUGUUGAGAUUUCACCAUUGUGCUUUUACCCUUUACCUUUGUGUAUGUAGAUCUGAGUGUGGACAGAGCGUAAUAUUAUUAGGGAUAAUAUUUGGAUAUUAUAAUAAUAUUAUGGAUGAUUACUGGGAUCUGUUAAGGUGAGCUCAAAACUGAAAUUGGGGGGAAUUAACUAUAUAUGAUUCAUAAAAGCCAGCUCAAAGUAUAACCCCAUAGAUUACACUCAGGGCAAGCAGUGGAAAUACAAAGAAAAGUUUAUAUCUUGGUUCGAGUCAACUACAGUGUAAUUCUGACACUGACCAAUUCUGUUUGAUUCAGUUGUUUUGUUUUAAUAAUGCUAUCAUUACUGUAAUAUGUUAUAUCUCAGCUAAAAUCGAAUGAGUGUCGUAUGACGUGUGUGAUGAACUCAAACAAUAAAAUGGCAUUUUGUACCAAUAAAAAAAAUUUCAAAGAA